UCUGGGGGAUGUUGUAAAUUAAAAACGAAAGAAGCUUACGGGUUAAGAUACGAGAACUAUUCACUUCAUUCCUUUCAAACCCUAAGCUUUAAGAAAUUUAAUAAAACAAAAAGAAAGAAUUUUGAGGAGGAAGAUGGUUAAAGAACAAAAUAAAUAAACACACAGACGCCUCCUUUAUCUUUCCAUCUCCUUCUCUUUCUGUCUGCAACUCUCUUCUCUUGAUGUGAUUCUCCACCAUAUCUCCCCCCUCAAAAAACCCUAUCAAACUUUACAAAAGAGAGAAUUAAAGCUCAAGCACCAUGGUCUUCUCAUCCAUUCCGGUCUAUCUAGAUCCACCCAACUGGCAGCAGCAACAUAAUAAUCAACCUCCAGCUGGAGCUGGGAAUGAAAACACUCAACUUCCACCGCCGUCAGGACCACCUACAGGUGGUGGCGAUGGUGGUGGCACCACAGCUGGCUCAAUCAGGCCUGGAUCGAUGACUGAUCGAGCCAGGCUAGCCAAGAUUCCACUACCUGAGAUGGCCCUUAAAUGUCCAAGAUGUGAAUCAACAAAUACCAAAUUCUGUUACUUCAAUAAUUAUAGCCUCACCCAGCCUCGCCACUUUUGCAAGACUUGCAGGCGAUAUUGGACUAGAGGAGGUGCACUAAGGAACGUGCCAGUUGGCGGUGGCUGUAGAAGGAACAAAAGGAGCAAAGGAAGUGGUAGAUCAAAAUCUCCAGUUAAAGCUGGGUCUAGCUCAAGUGGUGGACUUUCUUCUAAUGGUGGCACUACUGAUAUUACAGGGAACAUGGCCACUCCACCACCACUGUUACCAAUGUUCCCACCUUUACAUCAUCUUGGUGACUAUAAUUCCCCAGAUAUUGGGUUAAAUUUUGGUGGAAUCCUGCCUUCAGUUGGGGCAACAGCUGGUGGUGGUGGUGGUGUUGAAUUUCAGAUGGAAAAUAGUACUAGUUCAAAUAGUGUUGGUGGAUCUGUUUUAUCCAGUGGACUUGUUGAGCAGUGGAGAUUGCAACAAGUGCAACAUCAAGUUCAGCAAUAUCCUUUCUUAUCUAAUUUGGAACCAUCAAGUGGAUUGUAUUCAUUUGAGGGUGGAGGGAUUGGACCAUCAAAUUAUUCUGGUCAGAUUCGGUCGAGGCCAUUGGACAGUACUGGGGUUACUCAGCUAGCUUCGGUCAAAAUGGAAGAGAAUCAAGGGUUGAAUUUAUCAAGAAAUUUUUUGGGAAUUUCAGGAAACGAUCAAUACUGGGGUGGGAAUAAUGCAUGGACCGAUCUUCCGGGUUCACUAAAGCUAUCAGUAAUUAACUCGAAGAAAAAAGACGUGUUUCAAGUUUCAACCAAUUAUCCUAACUCUGCAAGUUCCAAUCCCUAGAAUCUUUAUGCUGAUCGACGUGAAGGAUGGAUCAUAGAACUUGUCUAUUCAUGAUCUACUGAAUUAAAGAACUUAGAAAUGGUAGGGCUUCUAGUCUUGAAGUUUAUUUUUCUGUUAGCAAUUUUUUUCCUUGUAUUCUAUUCUAUGGGAUUAUGUUACAAAAGUAGGGUAUAUGUUUUCAUGGAGUUGGAUAUCUGACAUGAAUGGCUUAAAUUAUUAUAAUUGGCUUAUCAAUAUAAGCAGCGCAGUGUACUCAGGGAUCGAUUUUCGUUGAUAUGAUAUGUGAAAAAAAAAAAACUUCUUUGUUUGCACAA